CGCAGCCUCUGCCCGGCUCAGUGCAGUGAGAGCCGCGGCUCGUUAGUGAGUUUUCGGGAAGUUCAGCCGAGCUCCAACCCGGCCUAACCCGGCCCUGCCCGACCGCACCCGAGCUCGGCGUUUGCUCGGUCAGCCAUGGGAGCCCCGUGCCGCAGCGUCCUGGCGCUCCUGCUCCUGCUGCAGGCCUCACCGCGGCUCUGCCAGGAGCCGGAGCCGUGCCGUCCCGGCUUCAGUGCCGAGAACUACACGUUUGUGGUGCCGGGGAGGCACCUGGAGAGGGACCGCGUCCUGGGCAAAGUGAUAUUCAAAGCGUGCACUGGUCAGCCGAGGACAGCCUACUUUUCUGAAGACUCCCGAUUCAAAGUGGCUUCAGACGGUGUCGUCAUGGUCAAGCGGCCUCUAAUGCUUCAUAAACCGGGGACCAGUUUUCUUGUCCAUGCCUGGGACGCUACUCACAGGAUGCUUUCCACCAAGGUGACGCUGGUGUCCACGGGGCACCACCAGCACCAGCACCGGCACCACCACCACGACCCUUUCCCUGGACCCCAGCCAGAAAUGCUCGUGUUUCCCAAGUCUCACCAGGGUCCCAGAAGACAGAAACGAGACUGGGUCAUCCCUCCCAUCAGUUGCCCAGAGAAUGAAAAGGGCCCGUUCCCUAAAGAUCUGGUUCAGAUCAAAUCCAACAGGGACAAAGAAACGAAGGUUUUCUACAGCAUCACAGGCCAAGGAGCGGACAGACCCCCUGUGGGUGUGUUUAUCAUUGAGAGGGAAACAGGCUGGCUGAAAGUGACACAGCCUCUGGAUAGAGAAGAUAUUCCCAAGUACAUCCUCUAUUCUCAUGCUGUGUCAUCAAAUGGGGAAGCAGUGGAGGACCCCAUGGAGAUUGUGAUCACAGUGACGGAUCAGAACGACAACAGGCCGGAGUUCAUCCAGGAGGUCUUUGAGGGAUCUGUCGACGAAGGUGCUGUUCCAGGAACCUCCGUGAUGCAGGUCUCCGCCACUGACGCGGAUGACGACGUGAACACCUACAAUGCCGCCAUCGCCUACACCAUCCUUAGCCAAGAUCCGGAGCUGCCGCACAAAAACAUGUUCACCGUCAACAGGGACACAGGGGUCAUCAGUGUGCUCACCUCUGGGCUGGACCGAGAGAGUUAUCCUACAUAUACUCUGGUGGUUCAAGCUGCUGACCUUCAAGGUGAAGGCUUGAGCACAACAGCAAAAGCUGUGAUCACCGUCCUGGAUAUUAACGACAACGCUCCCAUCUUCAACCCAACCAUGUAUGUGGGUCAAGUGCCCGAGAAUGAGGCCAAUGCCUAUAUCACCACACUCAAAGUGACCGACAACGAUGCCCCCCACACUCCAGCAUGGGAGGCCGUGUACACCAUAGUCAAUGAUCCCGAACAACAGUUUGUUAUCACCACAGACCCCAUGACCAACGAUGGCAUUCUGAAAACAGCCAAGGGCCUGGACUUUGAAGCCAAGCAGCAGUACAUUCUAUAUGUGACAGUGGUGAAUGUGGACCCCUUUGAGGGAUCUCUUGCCCCUUCCACGGCCACGGUCACUGUGGAGGUGAUAGAUGUGAAUGAAGCCCCCAUCUUUGUGCCUCCUGAGAAGGUAGUGGAAGUGCCUGAGGACUUUGGUGUGGGUCUGGAAAUCACAUCUUAUACCGCCCGAGAGCCCGACACAUUCAUGGAGCAGAAGAUUACGUAUCGGAUUUGGAGGGAUACUGCCAACUGGCUGGAGAUUAACCCAGAGACUGGUGUCAUUUCCACUCGGGCUGAGAUGGACAGAGAAGACACCGAGCAUGUGAAGAACAGCACGUACACAGCUCUCAUCAUUGCCACCGAUGAUGGCUCGCCGAUUGCCACCGGCACAGGGACUCUUGUCCUGAUCCUGUCUGACGUCAAUGACAAUGCUCCCAUCCCAGAACCUCGAAGCAUGCAGUUCUGCCAGAGGAACCCACAGCCCCAUGUCAUCAACAUCAUCGACCCGGACCUUCCCCCCAACACGUCCCCUUUCACUGCUGAACUCACCCACGGGGCCAGUGUCAACUGGACCAUCGAGUACAACGACCCAGGACAAGAGUCUCUCAUUCUAAAGCCGAAAAAGCCCUUAGGGUUUGGCGAGUACAAAAUCAAUCUCAAGCUCAUGGAUAACCAGAACAAGGACCAGGUGACCACGCUGGACGUGCUCGUGUGCGACUGCGAGGGGGCUGUCCACAACUGCAUGAAGUCGGGAUACGUGGAAGCUGGGUUGCAAGUGCCUGCCAUCCUGGGGAUCCUCGGCGGGAUCCUGGCUCUGCUGAUUCUGGUCCUGCUGCUCCUACUGUUUCUACGGAGGAGAACCGUGGUCAAAGAGCCCCUGCUGCCCCCAGAUGAUGACACCCGGGACAACGUGUAUUACUACGACGAAGAAGGAGGUGGAGAAGAGGACCAGGACUUUGAUUUGAGCCAGCUGCACAGGGGCCUGGAUGCCCGACCUGAAGUAACUCGAAAUGAUGUGGCACCCACCCUCCUGAGUAUGCCCCAGUAUCGUCCCCGUCCUGCCAAUCCUGAUGAAAUCGGGAACUUCAUUGAUGAAAACCUGAAGGCAGCCGACAGUGACCCUACGGCGCCCCCUUACGACUCUCUGUUGGUGUUUGACUAUGAGGGGAGCGGUUCCGAAGCUGCUAGCCUCAGCUCCCUGAACUCCUCCGAGUCGGAUCAGGACCAGGACUACGACUAUCUGAACGAGUGGGGCAACCGCUUCAAGAAGCUGGCUGACAUGUACGGCGGUGGAGAGGAUGACUAGGGCUGGAAAGUGGCCUCCAGGCGGAGCCCUGGGAGAUGCAGAAGAAUGUUGCCAGUUCAGCUCCUUCCCUGGGUCUGUAGAAGAGACACUCAUCUGAGAUGCAUGCAGUUUGCGGGCCCACUCAACUUACCAGCCUUCUGGUGUUGGGAAGGGUUUCACUUAUUCUUGAAUUUUUUUUUUUUUUUUUUAAUUUUACAUCCCCCUACCCCUCUACCCCUGCAGCCCUUUCCAUGGAUAGCAGUGAAUCUGGGACUCUACAGUGAGCUCGAGCCCCAGUUCAAACUUUAUUACUUUAAAAUGACAGUUCGAGCAUCAGAACUGUCGGCCCGCAGUGGCCGUUUUCCUUCAUGUUUAAGAGGCAGGGGAGGGGAUCUGCCCUACUUCUGUUUUACUGUGUAGAGACAGUGGUUUGUUUUUUUGUUUUUGAGCUACGGAUCUAGGCAAGUGUCCUGCCCCAGACACAGCCCCCAGUCCUUUGCCCGACACUAUUUUUUAAUUAUGUGCUUUCCCUCAAUUAUCAUGUUUGUGUUCUGUAUUCUAGUAGCCAUGUGUGCUCCUGCAUUCUGUUUCCCUGCCCAGGUGCUAUUUCAUGAUGCAGAAAUGACUGGGUGAGGGACAGGUAUCUUGGUGUGAGCACAACUGAACUGGAUAAUGUGGGCUUCAAGAACCUUUCUUGGUUUUCCUUCCUCACCUCCAGAGUACUCACUUGAAAUGGGCAUUCCUUGUUCGGAGUUGCUGUUUCGUGGGUGAAUGCCAUAGUGGGAUAUGUUGCUUUGGCUUUCUACGAGAUUCUGUGACCUGAGCAUUCAGGAAGGUUUUCAGGCACCGCUUUUUUUUUUCUCUCUUAUGUUUCUUUCACACCAACACAAAAGAACAAUGUUCUCUGAGUCUCAGACUAGUGCCUAGAAUGCUGCAGCCUAAGGAGAGAGAACGAGAAACUGACUGGGGAGCAGCAGCAAGUGUGACGCCGAGCCUGGCCAGUUAGCAUACUCAUGGCAUGCUUGCACAGGUGGCCUGGCCUCUGUCCCAGAAAAUGUCUGGAAGAAUAACAUCUCAACCAGUGUUCAGUGUUUCCUGGCUGGAAUCUUUGUCCCUGUAUUCCUGAAGCCCAGGAAACACCCCUCUAUUGCCUGCUCUUCAUGGUAGCUACAGAAAAUGCUGGCUGAUUUGAGUCCAAGCUGUCCAGUUCUAGGUACACAAAGAGACUAUGCUAGGUGUGGUGGCACACACCUUGAAUCCCAGCACUUGGGGGGCAGAGGCAGGCAGAUUUCUGUGCGUUCGAGGCCAGCCUGAUCUACACAGCAAGUUCCAGGACAACCAGGGCUACACAGAGAAAUCCUAUCUUGGGUUUCUUGGGGUCAGGGGAGAAGAAAAGGAAAAGAAAACUGAGGUAUUAGAAAUUGUGCAUUUUCUCAUAGGAGCUAGAAGAAAACACCAUUCUAAUGGGAGAAAGGUGGUGAGGGCCUUGAUUUGAGUCUUUUCUUUUCAUUUAAAAUGCAAAUCUCAGCUUUUUGAUAACCGCUGAAAGAAUUUCAUUGAACGUGCUGUCCUCAGCUAAUUUUGGAAGAAAACAGUGACUACUCAGCCACAAGAACUGUUGAUUUCUCUGUAGUAUAAAUGUCUAAUGUAGUCACUGUAGAGUGUCACUUGUAUGUAGUUUGAGUGUAUGUGUGUGGGUGCUGAUAAUUUUGUAUUUUGUGGGGAGUGGAAAAGGUAAACAAUUGAAACUGUUCUCUAAGAUGCAUUUUUAUAAAUUUUAUUAAAGAGUUUUGUUAAACUGUU